AAUCACGGAAUCAACAGAAACCAUUGAAUCAACUAAAACCACAGAAUCAACAAAAAUCACAGAAUCAACAGGAAUGAAGGGAUCAACAAGAAUGAAGGGAUCAACAGGAAUCACGGAAUCAACAGGAAUCACGGGAUCAACAGGAAUCACGGAAUCAACAGGAAUCACAGAAUCAACAGGAAUCACGGGAUCAACAGAAAUCACGGGAUCAACAGGAUUCACGGAAUCGACAGGAAUCACGGAAUCAACGGGAACCAUGGAAUCAACUAAAACCACGGAAUCAACAAAAAUUACGGAAUCAACAGAAAUCACCGGAUCAACAGGAAUCACGGGAUCAACGGGAUCCACGGAAUCAACUGAAACCAUGGAAUCAACUAAAACCACGGAAUCAACCAAAAUUACGGAAUCAACAGGAUUCACAGAAGCAACCGGAAUCACGGGUUCAACAGGAAUCACGGGACCAACACAACCAAUAAUUAUUAUAACCAGAUUUCCUAUAUAUAGUACCCAGAAGGCGAGAGAAACCAUGAAAUCAACUAAAACCACCGAAUUAACCGAGGUCACAGAAUCAACAGGAAUCACGGGGGAAUUACGGGAUCAAUAG